CUGUUAUUAUUAUUUAUACCCUCUCUGAAUCUUGAGUAUGAGGAUGAGCCACGAUUCGAGUUUGAGUUGAGUUCGUUAGGGGCAUUUUGGUCAAUUGAUAUGUUCGUUGGCCCAUCUCCGCCGCACAAACCACUCGUUAACCGCCGCAGCAACAACCACCGUCCUCGUAACGCGACCGUCACCUCCGCCAUACCUGAUCUGUUUCUCGCGGCGGUUUCUCUUCUCUUCCUCUGGUCAUCUCCUAAACCUUUGCUAUCUCUUCCUCCUAACAGAUUCUCUUUCCCUCUAAAUCCUCGCCGUCGAUCGACCGCUAUGUCUCGCCGAUCUCCUCCUCCUCCGUCGCAACGCUUUGCGAAUCCUCAAUCUCUCUCCGAUUGGCUCGAAUCGAGGUUACCGUCUGACUCAUUCGCCGCUUGGGGAGUCAAACCUGGAACCAAAAACGUUCAUAACCUCUGGCUUGAGCUCUCCGACGGCGAAACUUCUCUCGCCGAUUCGACUCCUCCGGUACGAACCGUCAACGUCGUCACCGUUAGAGUAAUCGGGAAAAACGGACGGAUUCUAGUGGAGUCUCAUCAGGAGUUAUCCGAUGGGAGUAUCCGAGAGAGGUUUCGUCCUUUAUCGGAGAAGAUGAAGCCUGAAGAAUCUCCCGAUGAAGCUGUAAUUCGCGCCGUAAAAGAAGAGCUCGGAUCUUUCUUCAAUGGCAACGACGUUGGACAGAGGACUAGGAUUCUCCCCGGGAGUUACAGCAGAAGAGUAGAGGAGAGGAACUCGUUGUCGUAUCCUGGAUUACCGGCGCAUUACGCUCUACACUCGGUGGACGCGACGGUGGAGGGAUUACCGGAGGAAGAUUUCACUACGGAGGAGAAGGAGUACGGCGGUGGAGACUCGACGGAAGAUUCGGUGGAGACACGCGCCGCCGGGAAAGCUGUAACGGUGAAGCGGCAUUACUGGAAAUGGGUUAGUCCUGAUUCGAUUCGACCUUAAAAGAACUCUAUACAGCUUUCACUGUUUUAUCAAUCUAGAAAUUGAAGAAUCAAGAGCUUAUGUAGAGAUAUAUAUAUAUACACAUAAAUACAGAUUUAUAUAUUCAUAGAAUCUUCUUCUUCUUCUUCUUCUUCUUCGUUUGGCUUUGUUUGUGCAAAUGGCUAUGUGGUUCUCAGUUGUUUUUUUCAGAAGUUUUGAUAUCACUGUUACAUCUUUUCUUUAUUGAUUAUAAAAAGUUUGAUACAUGAUCACUAAA